AGGGGGAACCUCUCGAGGCGGCCUGGAGGCCUUGUGAUGCCCCCCCAGAAAGGAAAGCGGGCGCAGCCAGCCAAGGCCGCCAAAGAGGAGGAGGAGGAGGAGGAAGCCGCCGUGCGCCUGCAGCCGCAAGAGUACGAGCGCAUCUGCCAGGAGCUGGAGAGUCUUCGCAGGCGCCGGGCGCAGCUGCGCGCCCAGCACGAGGCCCUGCUGCAGGAGGCCCAGCAGCUGCGCGCGGGGAGUCUGGCCUUCACCGGCUACCUGGCCAAGCGGGCCCAGCAGUGCCAGGGGGCGGCCGUCUCCCUGGACGCGGAGAGGGGCCGGCUGCAGGCAGAGACCCGGCGGCAGCACCGGGAGGCCCUCGCCUGCUGCCGGGCCCAGGAGGCAGCCCUGCGGGAGCAGCUGCUGCAGCAGGAAGCCGAGCUGGGCCGCCUGGGCACGCAGCUGGAGGGGCUGCGGGGGCUGCGGGAGCUGCGGCGGGAGCAGGUGGCCCGCAUCGCCCAGCUGGAAGGGGAGCUGGCGGCUGCCAGGGAAGAGCAGGCGCGGCGCCUGCAGGAGGCCCGGCUCACCUUGCUGCGGGCCCAGGGCGCUGCAGAAGCGGCGGCCCAGCAGCAGGCCAGGCGGCUGGCCCAGCAGGCCCAGGAGGUGGCCACGCGGGGCCUGCAGGAGCAGAGCCGGGCCAUGCGCCAGCAGACCCUGGAGCUGCGGCAAGAGCUGCGGCAGCUGGUCUGCCGGGCUCAGGAGCUGCGGGCACACAAGGAGCAGCUGCAGCGGCAGGCCUGGCGCCUGCAGCAAGAGCAAGACCAUCUGCGGGACCUGGCCCUCUUGCGCCGCCACGGGGCGGGGGCAGGAGGACGGCCACCCUGGGGGCGGCCAAGCUGGGCAGCAGCCAGUCUUGCUGGGAGCCCCCGCCUGACCCCCACUGCUGGGGCAAGGUCUGGCCCAGAACCAGUCAGAAAUGCAGCCGGCGGGGGCAAGAGAGGGCCCCCCCCGAUGCUGUGGAGGAGCAGCAUGUGAUGCAGUGCUCCUCUCUCUUUCCCCCAGUGGGGCCCUUGGCCCCAAGACCCUUCGGCGUGAGAGCCCUUCCCCCUGCACUGGCCUCCUCGCAGAGCUGCACUUCCCUCGGAGCUGGGGGGGGGCUUUUAAAGACAUGGGGGCCCGUGGAGACUCAGCGGGGACGGCCUGCGUGGGGGUGGGGGUGCUCUGGGAAGCAUAGUCGUCCCCCCCACCCCACCCUUUCCCUGCAGUAGAGGUCUGUGGGGUGGGCGUUGGAGGGCAGGACCUCAGCGCCCCCUGUGUGCCUUGCAAGAGGGCUCUGCUUCUCUUAAGGGCACCCCCCCACACACACACACUGCUGCUUGGCAAAGGGCACGGCUGCGCGGGGGGGGGGUCCCCUCUGCACAGUGUCAGUCUUGCUGAAGGUGGGGCCCAAGGGAGGGAGUGCCCAGAACUCCUUUUGGCAGGCUUGCUUGGAAGCAGGCCAGUGAUUUGAAGAAGAAGACAGGGCUGCAUGCAGGGCUCAGUCAGCUCUGGGCAGAGAGCCAGAGAGAUCCGCUGGGCCCAGGAAGAAGCUAGUGGCAAACCAUCUGCCGAGGCGAGAGAGACGCCCACAGUGCGGUCUGCAUUGUUUGCCACGUCCUGCACGCAAAGGGGAGAACGCCGCCAUACAACGCAAACUGUUCUCUGUAAGACCGGAAGGGAUCCCAGAAGCCGUGGGUGACACAAUCCAGUCUGAAGACUAGUCUACCUCUCAAGACUGUGCUCUUCAUGGCAGGGAUAUGAGGGCGGAGAGGAUAUUGAUGGGGCGCAGUUCGAGAGAGACCCAAGAGCAAUGGUCACAGCAGGGGGGCCUAUCUCAAGGUGGGGAAACACACACGUGGAGAAGAGCAAGAGCAUGCAACCUGUCCUGAGCACAGAUGAAAAUGCAGAAGACAUCCCAAGAACCCGUGAGACUAACAAGCAAGGGGCAAGUCACAGACAUGGCAGGCAGGAAGAGGCCUCAGCAGAAAACCCCUGUAAAAGCUCUGUGUGUGUGUGUGGCGGGGGGGAGCGGGUGACACAACAAAGGAGAAAAAUGUCGAAUGGAUCCUAUGACAAAACCUUCAAAGGUGACAAGGAGGAGGACUCCAGCCCUUCAGUAUGCUGGUGUCCCAAAAGAAGUGAUGGAGGAAGCGGAUCAUGGGCUGGAGCUGGAGCUGGAGCAGGAUUACUGCAGGGAAGAAAACUGGUUGCAUAUGAAUCAUGCUCAAUGGCUCCAGCACAGCACAAUUACUCACAAAAUGAGAGUGCCAUGUUUGCACUCAUGGCUGGGUGCGAGAAAUCCCAUCAGCAUAUCCAUGUCAAAAUUGUAAUGUGGACCACAAGUCACCAGCAGGACAUAUAACGAAGAAGCCUCUAAAAGAAGCAUCAGCCAGAUGGCAAGUAACAUUUUUAUGACGACAGAGAUAGGACUCAAGAAUCACCGACAAACCAGGGAAAGAAAUACCAGUAGCAGACUCAUGAUCCCAAACAUUUCUACCAGGAAGGAGUACCAAAGAGGGAGACGCUUGAGAGCAAUCAGGGCAUAUGAUACUCCAGGGAUUUUCAGCAACUGAGGAGAAACUGCAGAAAACAAGACAUGACAUGGAAAAAGACAACUCUGUAAAAGUUGCCUAGGAUGAUAAAGGGAGGCCGGCCCAAAAGUACACAUCAAGUACUGUGGGAAACCAAAGCCUUCCGGAAUGCUAAAGAACCAUUAACAGUGGAAGAGGAGACAUCCGAGGCAUGUGGGAAGAGAACAGAACAAGGAACACCAUGCAGUGUGGUGUAGUGGUUAGAGUGUUGGACUAGGGCUGGGAGGACCUGAGUUUGAAUCCCGCUUCAGCCAUGAAGCUUGUGGGUGUGGUUCUGGGACAGUGCCUUCUCUCUCAGCUGAACCUACCUUAUAGGGUUGUUGUGAGGAUAAACCUAAGCAUGCAUACCACUCUGGGCUCUUCCUUGGAAUAUAAAUGUACACACGCCUAUAGAAAUAUAGGCAGUAUGGGAUGGAAAUAUGGCAGUAUGUAUAAGAACCACAGUUAACAACACACAGGGAAACUGAACAAAUGCCUACAGCAAAUGCUGCAGAACACAGAGGAAAAGAUACAACAAAUGUCAACAAAAAUGACAAUGGAUGAGAAAGGUAUUGAGUUAUUGGAACAGGAACAGGAACUCUCUCAACAGAUCAGCGAGCGGAUCAAAGACAGGAGUCCAGACACAGCUGAUAUAUUUAAAGGCAAAUAUUGGGGGGUCAUGUGACAAUAUGAGAGGAGUAGUUAUGUUAUUGUUGCUGAAAGAUAUAAAAAGAAGGAAGGAAGGAAGGAAAGAAAAAGAUGCAAAGUACAGAGAGAACAAUCCAGAAAUAUAUUAUCUCCCACCACCAAAGGGGGCAAUCAGUGGCGCUCUUACCCCCAGACUUUGGGGCUGAAGUCCAGGGCCUCCACACCCCCUGGGGCCCCCCAAAUCCUUUUUAGUCUGUCCUGAUGGGAUGGUGGCUGCCAGCCCGCACUGCACCAGGCGGCGGAGUGUGAUUAUGAUCUGACCGGGGGUGGGGGCAAGGGUUCGAGUCAGAGGGGUUGGUGGGGAAAGAAACAUUUGGGAUAAGAAUGGGGGAGGGUGAUGCUUAACUUAGCAAUAGCAAUAGCACUUACAUUUAUAUACCGCUCUAUGGCUGGAGCUCUCUAAGCGGUUUACAAUGAUUUAGCAUAUUGCCCCCCUAACAUUCUGGGUACUCAUUUUACCGACCUUGGAAGGAUGGAAGGCUGAGUCAACCUUGAGCCCCUGGUCAGGAUCGAACUUGCAACCUUCUGGUUACAGGGCGGCAGUUUUACCACUGCGCCACCAGGGGCUCUUGCAGUGGGGGAGGGGCUCCACAGGCCUUUAGGUCCAGGCUCCAAAAUGACCGAGGAGCACCUCUGGAGGCAACAGAGUGCCUCCUCCACCCGGUUGUUCUAAUGGGAGACUGCAUAAAAGAGGAGGUGGUAGGUUGCAGCAGGCAAGAUUGGGGAGGUCUGAUUAUUUGUGAGAGGCCAGAGACAGGAGGCCUUGUGCUGAUGAGGACCCUGUUCUCUAGACUAUGCUAGACUGUGGAGGCUGAUACUGAAAAGGGACAAUGGGACUAGAACCUGAACCAAAUGAAGAGAAACCGAUGAUGUGCUGUGGUUUGCUAUGAAAAGACUUGUGCUGGGAAAAUCAAACCCCUGCGAUGGGGCCUCCAAGCAAGGGUGCCACUUGGCCAGAGAGUCCUUGAAGAUAAGGCCGCUAGUGAAUCUGGGGGUUGCAGCGCCUUGGGAUAUGCCUGUAGGGAGCCGACUGGAAUUUAUCUGCAUCCAGUGCUUUCUCUGGAGUGGUGAAAAUGGAGAACCAAGAGGCUGGAAGGAGGCAGCGAACUGGGAGAUUAAGCAUUGGCAAGUCCUGUCAAAAGUGGGGUGGUGGUGGUGGUGGGGUGUGUGUGAAUGAUUGAUGGAGUCUGGUGGCCCUGAUCAAAACAGAAUACAGGACUAGGUUUUAAGAUCUAUGGAAAUAGGGAACCCAAAGAGCCAAUGAGGAUCAUUGGGUGCAACAGGAGGAAACCAAUCAGGGCCAGAUAAGACCAAGCAGGGGAGAAGGUAUACAAUGUAAAGGCAGCAGGAAAGCAGCAGAUUGUCCUCCCUCCGGCCCCCAUCCGCGGCAUUGCCCUUGGCCCUCUUGCCCGUCUCUCCUCUGUUUGUUGCUCUCCUCUUGGACCAAGAGUUUCACCCCAAAGAGCCUCCCACUUAGAAACUCUCCCCUCCUUCUCUCUUUCAGGUUUCAAGCAUUCUAGUGUCUUCUCCAGCUUGUGAUAUUACUGUAUGCUCACUUAUCCAUGGAGCAGCUGCUCUUUACCUAGUGAUUUUACUAAACAGUUGGUUUUAUGGAAUCUCAGGUUUGGGGGAAGCCAGAAAGUGCCCCCAGCUGCCAGAAGGGCAAAGAUGAGGUUUGCUUUAGGGCUAUAGGUGAAGGACGUAGCUGUGUGGAGUGCAGAAAAAACCCUUUCUCCUUCUCCUUCUCCUUCUCCUCCUCCUAAUAGCCCCCUGAAUAGAAGCUGCCACACAUACUUUAUGCAUCUGAGAAGCUGAUAAUUUGGAGGUCUCCUUUGCCACACAUUUACCAUUCGCAAGCCUUAAGUCUUUGAAUAAACCUCGUAACCUUUA